UUAAAAUAAGAAACCAAGAAAUCAAUCAGAAACCCCAGCGAAAAAUGGAGGUCGCAGAGGUCAGGAGCUCAAAUCCACAGCCUGCUGUUCACGGCGGUGGCGGAUACACUCUCCCCGCUGUCCGAUUCUCAAACGAGGACAUUCUAUUUUGCAUUGAUAUCGGCCGCGAAACGUUGGCGGAGAUGAAGUUGAACGGCCCCAACGGUCGCCCCUACACCCGAUUGGAUUCCAUAAAGCAGGCAAUUAUGCUAUUCGUCCACUCCAAGCUCACCAUCAAUCCCGAUCACCGUUUCGCAUUCUCCGCCCUCGGCAAAUCCACCUAUUGGCUCCGGAAAGAGUUCAGUAGUGAAGUUGAUGCAGCACUUUCCGCUCUACGAGGUCUAUCAGUGGAUUCAUCCACCAGCCAUGCAGAUCUCACUCAGCUUUUCAAAGUAGCAACUCACGAAGCUAAAAAAUCUCGUGCACAAAAUCGGAUAUUCCGUGUGAUCUUGAUCUACUGUAGGUCAUCCACGCCGCCAAAAUCCCAGUUGCCUUCGACUCUGAAGCUCUUCACCUUGGAUGUGAUGUACCUCCACGACAAACCCGGACCGGAUAACUGUCCACAAGUGGUGUAUGAUACACUAGUUGACGCACUCGAACGAAUCAGUGAGUUCGAGGGCUACAUCUUUGAGAGCGGUCAAGGACUGACACGUGCCCUGUUCCGUAACAUGUGUCAGCUGUUAUGUCAUCCUCAGCAGCGUUGUAUUCAGGACGAGCUGGACCUGCCCAAGUCUCUGGUGAAGAAGUCUCCUGCAGCUGAUGCAUCGCAAGGGGAUGAAAACGCAGUCGUCUCCAUCCAGUGAUGCAGAAAUGGUAACUCUCUUUUUUUGCUGUCGACUUAUCCUGUAAGUUUCUGCACCAAAAUGCUGUGAUUUAUCUUUCUGGAUUUUGUCGUCAACUUAAGAUUCAGAUUCUCGAUCGCUUAAGAUGCUCGAAUGUAGCACAAUGCCUUUUA